UUCAACAGGGAACAUCGAGAACUUAACCGUGGGUUAUAUCCUAAUAAAAACUUUGGGAUGAGUUUAAAAGAAAUUGAAACGAUGGAAGAGUUUGGUAAACCGCCUGUCAAGUGGUUGGGGUUGGUGUCUAUGGCCGCAGCUCUUCACAAGACCAGAGGAGCCUCGUGCUACUUCAGAAUCUGGGGGUAGCCGGAGUCUUCCGCUUGAAGUCUGCACAAGACGCAGUCAGGCCGGGGCGUGAGAACCUCCUUCAGCCCCCAGCUCACCUGCAGCACCUCCUGACUGAGGAGAGAUGUCCCCGGCGCUCCUCAUCCUGUCCUCCUCCGUGCUGCUCCUGCAUGUGACCUGCACCCCGCAGUACUUCAGCCAGCCCGGGCGGCGGGUUUGUGGCAGAAAUGUCCCUCAUCACAACACCGUCCUGCACACAGAGUCAUUCGUCCAGCCCGUCCACCAGCCCUAUAUGACCCUCUGCCAGGGACAUCGACUCUGCAGCACCUACAAGACAGUGUACAGGGUAUCCUACCGGCAGGUGAAUCGAGUGCCGGCGUCGCACUUCUACCCAGAGUGCUGUCCAGGAUGGAGGCGAGUCCACUCGCACAACUGUAACCAAGCCGUGUGUGCCCAGCCUUGUGUGAACGGGGGCAGCUGCAUCAGGCCCAACCACUGUGUCUGCCCCCAGGGCUGGACAGGACAGCACUGUCAGACAGAUGUGGACGAGUGCAGUGGCCCCAACCCCUGCUCCCAGCGCUGCGUCAACACGGCGGGCAGCUAUCGGUGCGGGUGCAGGGAGGGGUACAGCCUGGCAUGGGACGGGCACUCCUGCGAGCCUCUCCCUCCACCCCCCACCCCGCCCGCUCCGCCCAAACCGGCCCCUCUCCCGCCACCCACCAGCCGUGCAGGGGGAGGGUCGGCAGCCGCGGACAACAUGACCGAGGAGGUGCAGAUCCUGAAGAACAGAGUGGAGCUGCUGGAACAGAAGCUACAGCUGGCCCUGGCUCCUGUCAGCAGCCUCUUCCCUGUGUCUCUGGACGAGGCCAUGGUGGAGAGGACCACGUUCCUCACCCACUCCAUCCAGCAGCUGGAUCGCAUCGACUCCCUCAGCGAGCAGAUCGGCUUCCUGGAGGAGCGUCUCGGGACCUGUGAGUGCCUGCCCGCGCGCCUUACUUCCCCCUCAGCGAGCAUUCGUCACUCAAUACUCCGCAUCCAUGCGUAAAUCCCACUCUUUUCUGCGAGUGCCCAACGCAGGCUCUCUCUCUCCAUGCACCCUACUCACCCCACAGAUUCCCUGUGGGUCUAGAGAUAUCUCCACUCUGCACUGUCUCUCUUCAACACGGAGGACGGCUAACCAGGCUUUGUCUGUCUCACAGUCGUGUAGUUCCAGCCGAGCUGAGUUAAAAGCCUUUGAACGAAUGUCGAAGCAGCUUUCGGAAAACAGCAAAAUGGAUACCAAAAGGAUUUUUAACAACUGAAUCUUGUGUAACAGCACUGCAAAUAGCUGUGUGCCUGCAUCAGUCCGGCUGACCCCCGCUAAGCAAUAAAUGGAAGGAGCUGUUGACAUAUCGGCAUGAUUAAAAUAUCUGAAUCUUAUGCCUCCCUGUUUUCUCCAUCUGGCCAUGGAGAGUGAUGUUUAUAGUCCAGACUUUGAGUGAGGAAAUGUCUCAUUUACUGCAGGUCUUAGUCUUAUAUAAGGCUUUGCAGAAUGUAUCAUCAUCACAAUUCUAAUGUAAUAUGUUCUUUUCCAUUAUAGGUGCAAGUAAGUAAACCGUGAUGAAUAAAUGGUUGUGUCAUAUAAAAGUUGAUAUAGAGAGUAAUUUGGCAUUAUGUAUAAACUGGAUUAGCACCACUGCAUGUUUGCAGGAGCUGUUGUAUAGGACAGAAGUGGGAAGUAGUGUCUAUUAUGAUAUAACAAGGAAGCCAAGAUUAUGGAUUUGAAGCCCAGAUUUGUAAUGCUGCUGUACCCUUGAGGAACAUACUUUGUAUGGACAUUGCACUGUACCUGUUUGUGUGUAAGGUGCUGUAAUACGUCUCCUCUGCUGUUUUACCCCAGGCUCCUGCAGAGACAAUUAGAUACAGAAGAAUAAGCCUUGGCGUCAGCCUCUGUUCUGGUCUGCAUCAAAGUGGACCAUCAAAUCCAAGGAGCCUGGUCCAGCAGUUUUACAACCCUCCAUCCAAGACAUAUAUUUCAGAUGUUACUCAUGUUUUUCACAGCGAAUACAGAAAGAAAUCACAAUGCAGCCAUAACAUUUUGGCAGUUACCCUGAAAUUGAAAUGGCCAAAAAUGGCCUUUUUUUCCAUUAAACACGUCACGUUUUUUUUUUUUAAGUUAGUGUUGAUGGUGCUGUAAAUGUGACGAGUUUUGUCACGCUCACCCAAUUUGGACAGCGGCACCAGAUCUGGUUUUGUCCUGUAGUCUUGAGUUUAUGUGCCUCAGCCAUCCCCUGAAAUGACAGCCCCCCUAACACUGAGCAGGGUGGUAUGGCAUUGACUGAUUUACUGCAGGUCUGAUAAAUUCAAAAAAGCAGGAUCAAACUGGAACCUUGUGUUGCUCGUUUUCAUUGUCUCCAUUCCAUCACUUGUAUUUCAUCUUUGUGCGUCUGGCCCUUAGUCAGAACUAGACCCCUUCUGAAGGGCAGACAAGGAUGUCUGUAUUUAUGUAUUUAAGUUAUAAAUUCAUGUGCUUGUGUAGAUGUGAUAGAUGAAUUGCGUCUGUCUUUUUUUUUAUAAUAAAACAAUUUUGCCAGAAAAGUGCAAAAAAACAA